AAGACGGGGGAAAUUAAUAACAUAGGGUGAAGGUGAAUUCAUCGAAAGUAAUAGAAAAACAUCGCACGUCAUUGUUUCGUAUGUUCCUGCUGUGCGGAGUUUCUGAAAGUAUCCCCGGAUGGUGUAAAAGCGAAUAGUUCAGCGUGGAGCAGACAAUAUAAUUCGCACCAAUUGGAUAGAUAAGAUAAUGCGCUUGUACCUCAAUCAGUCGACAAGAUGUUGCUGAUGAGGAAAGUCAGGAAUUUGUGCUCAGUCACACGUUUCUUCAGUGACUACAGAGGAGGUGGGAAUCAAAAUAACCGUCCAGCUGAUCAUCCAUUCUGGAGGACUGUUAACAUCCUCAAGAAUGAUUUCAAGCAAGUCGGACAAUUCCUCCUACCACGAAGUUCUGCUGGUAAGAGCUCACAGGAUGCCGACAGAGAAUUGGAUGCCUAUUUGGAUAAAUAUCGAAGACCAGAAAUCUUCCCGGAACACUGUGAUGUCCUUGUUAUCGGAGGUGGUGGCAUGGGGAGCUCCAUAGCGUAUUGGCUGAAGAAGGAAGCACGGGAAGGAUUGAAUGUAGUUGUUGUGGAAAAGGAUAGUUCCUAUUCAAAUGCAUCAACAGCGUUAUCAGUCGGUGGAUUGAGGCAGCAAUUCUCACUGGUGGAGAACAUUGAAAUGUCCCUCUAUGGCGCAGACUUCAUCCGUAACAUCAAAGAGCACCUCGGGGAUGAUAUGGAUGUGAAUUUUACACCCCACGGAUACCUCUUGCUGGCCUCCGAGGCAGGUGCGGAGACACUAGACCGGAAUUCAAGGCUGCAAAAUGAACUCGGGGCACGCAAUGAGAUCCUCACAGUGGAAAAGCUAAAACGUAAAUUUCCAUGGCUAAAUGUGGAUGGAAUUGCCCUCGGAUGCCAUGGGCUGGAGAAGGAGGGAUGGUUUGACCCAUGGUGCCUCCUUAGUGGCUUCAAGAGACGCGCCCAAGAGUACGGAGCUCAGUACAUUAGUGCCGAAGUGAAGGGAUUUGAAUUUGAACCAAUGCCCGAUAUGAUUGUGGUUGGAAUUGAAGCGGGAAAGUAUGAAGCCCUCCGGAAGGCAAUUGUACGCCUACCCAAUGGCGAGGAGAAAACAAUCAAAUUUGCCAUUUGCAUCCUUGCAGCAGGAGCGGAAUCUGGGAAAAUUGCUGAAAUGAUGAAAAUUGGAACGGGUGAAGGGCUCCUGCAGAUGCCACUGCCCGUAGAACCGCGAAAGAGGUACGUCUACGUCGUCAACAGCCAGAGUAAUGAUUGCCCCGGACUCAAUACACCCCUAACCAUUGAUCCCACAACCACAUACUUCCGUCGCGAUGGAUUGUGUGGCAAUUUCGUGUGUGGCAAGAGUCCCACGGAGGAUCACGAACCAAACUGCAGCAAUUUAGAUGUUGAUCAUGAGUACUUUGAGUCAGAAGUGUGGCCCCUUCUCGCUAAGCGCGUUCCUAGCUUUGAAUCCCUCAAAGUAUCCAGCUCAUGGGCAGGAUACUACGAGUAUAACAUCUACGAUAAGAAUGGUAUAAUUGGGAAUCAUCCCUAUCAUCAAAAUCUCUUCUUCGCCACUGGAUUCAGCGGGCAUGGUAUUCAACAAACACCUGCCGUGGGAAGAGCCAUCAUGGAGCUCAUUAUUCAUGGGCAAUAUCGUACCAUUGAUCUCACACGCCUGGGAUUCGACAGAUUAAUUGUAGAUCAACCAAUGUUUGAGUCAAACAUAGUAUAACAAUAAAUAAAAGAAAUGCAAUUUUUAGGGCUUCAACAUAAAUCGCAUCAAAUUCUUUUCCUUCUAUACAUAGUAAAUUAAUGUAAAUAAAAUCUAAUAAUGCAAAAAAAAAA